UUAAAAAAAAACCUUUUUUUUAAGUUUUUAAUUCCUUUCUUAUUUUAUUUAUAAAAAAUACGACUUUCAAAAUUCAUUCUAUAUACAAAUUACAACACCUGUGGAAAUGUGCCCACCACUUUCUCUGGCACGUCGUGAACGCAGUCCAGCUCCCCGCUCCUCCCCAGCAAGAAAAUGGCAGCUCAGAAUCCGUCAAAACUUCAGCACGCAUACGCCGGCGGACAUCCAGCAUCGGCCAACUCGGCGACCGCCAAUAUUGAAGCGGCGCAAAAGUUGAUCGAGGGCAUGGUUGCAAAAUCUCCGGCCGCCGGAAGCAUGGAUGCCUGGAACGGCCGCUUAUUCGACGCCAUCCCUCUUUCCGGCCUCCGUAUCAAGUUCGCCGGCGGAGGCCGUGCUCUUUGCUCCUACAGCAUUCAUGCUUCUGUUGCGGACGAAGAGGGGAAUUGGAAACUGGGGGCGAUGGCGUCGGUGAUCGACGACAUCUGCGUGGCGGCGAUCUUGUCGGCGGUCGGCGAGUUCAAAAUCUCUGUUGAUUUCAGCAUCUCGUUCUUCUCCCGUGCUAAGAUUGGCGAUGAAGUGGAAAUUGGGACUAAGAUCAUGGAGGAUAAGGGGAGGCUGACGGCGGUGGCGGUGGUGGUGCGGAAUAAGAAAACCGGUCGGAUCGUCGCAAGCGGGCGGCAGUGGAUGUCUUUGACUCGGUCGCUCCAUCAUAGCCAUUUGUGACAUGUUAGAUGGCAAUUAAGUGUAAUAUGUGCGGUUCAAAUUCAUAAUCUUAUGAGGUGAGAUUAUAUCAUCAAUCAUUGUACCAUGAAUAAGUUGU